AUGCUAGCAGCAUCUUCUUCAAAUGUUCCACAACUCGCCAGUAAGCCCUCCGGUGCUCCGAAGCCAAUGGACUUCACUGGAACGGAUCCAUCGCUGACGGACGGUGUCGUUUUGGUGGAUGGCCAGAAGUUUCAUAUUUCAAAAACUCAUCUCGCCCGCCAUUCUGUGUUCUUCGAAACUAUGUUUUUUGAAAAAGGCUUCCAAGAAGCUAAUCAGAAAAUUGUGGAGCUAAAGGAGGUUUCAGCGGAAGGGUUUCAGCUUUUCCUGGAACUAAUAAAUGGUUACAAUCGGUUGUCAGACGAGAAUAUAGAAGCCGUCAUCAAGUGCUCUUCAAUGUGGCAGUCUGACAUCCCCCUGAAAAAGUGCACCAAGUUUCUUCAAAAAAAGUCGAAACUCUCCAAAACCGAGAAAUUUUUGCUCGCCGAUAAGCUGGACAUCAUAGUUUUGAAAACUUCCUUCAUCAAAGAGGUCCAAACUAAUGCGGACAUGGAAAACCUGGUUGGAUCGCUCGAUGUUUCGGUUUUUAAGCCAGCUACUGUUGAAAUGAUCGCCAGAAAAUCUCUGGAAAUCAAUAGAGUCCGUCAGCCGCCAGUGAUCGACCUUGCUUAA